UUCAUUUAGUCACUUUCGAUUCGCCGUUGAGGUGGUACCGCGCUUGGUAAACACAUAAGUAAACAAGUAAAAUUGUGAGUGAUCUCAACUGGCGAAGUUUAUUGUGUGACUCUCAGUGCAUUCAAAAUGGGGUGUGGAACGAGUUUCGUGAAAUAUGUGCUCUUCUUCUUCAAUCUGGUUGUGGCGCUGUUCGGGCUGGCCAUCAUCGGCAUCGGUGUCGCGGUGUUGAUGAACUGGACGGUGAUGAAAGAUGAGCUGCAGAGCCAUCUGACUGUCGCUCCUUGGCUCUUCAUUGUUAUCGGCGCGGUGAUGUUCAUCAUCGCAUUCUUCGGCUGUUGUGGUGCAAUUCGGGAGAGCCACUGCAUGGUGGUCACAUACGCGAUCUUCCUUUUGGUGAUCAUCAUAGUGCAAGUGGUAUUGGCCGUGCUAAUGUUCACAUACGCGGAUACGAUGAAGGAAGCCCUCGUGAAGAGCGUCAAUGGAGUGUUCGACAAACGCGCCACCGACCCCGCAGCUAAUACUGUGUUCAACAACAUCCAGCAACAACUGGAGUGCUGCGGUAAGUCGAGCCCGGCGGACUACGGCGUGAUCGCUGGCGUCUCCGAUCUGCCCGACUCGUGCUGCACACGUGCCAACGGCGUGGUGGGCAAGCUGCUCAGCCGCUGCACCAUCGCUGAUGCUAAUGCCAUCGGCUGCGGUCCGCGUACAGCCGACCUUUACGACAAGUGGAACAAGACCAUCGCUGGUGUAGCUAUCGGCGUCGCCUGUAUUGAGGUGGUUGGCGCGCUGUUCGCGCUGUGCCUCGCCAACUCCAUAAGAAACAUGGACAGAAGGUCUCGCUACUAAUAUUUUAUAUUUUCCAACUGGUACGCUUAAAUAAUACUUCGAGACAACGAACGAGAGGACAUCGUGGACUGCACAUGGAUAAAUAUGUACAAGUUAUUAUAUUAAGAGAUAAUGCUGGCCCACCUUAUUCAAAGAAAACUUUUAUCGAACACAAAUAUAUUUUAAAACUCUUUCUCGAAGCAUAUUUAGUUUCGAGAAUAACGAGUUAUUACGAACGCAUCAAAUAACUGCAAUGUUACCAACACUAAUGGUACAGAUAAAUAGAGUAUUUGUUAUUUUUAUUCUGUUAAGCAUUUUAAUUCCAUCACAGAUAAUAUAUGCGUUAAUUUUUUUUUUUUGGUUAAUACAUUUUUGUUGUAUGACUUCAGAUAUAUUAUUAAGGUUAAGAUUAAGUUAGUUAAGACACUUUCGAAUGUUAAAAUUAUAAGAAACCAUUUAAAAAAAGUAUUUUCCUAUUUCAACUUAUUAGACGUCCAGAUUAUAUUUAUAUGAUUAUAAUGUUAAUAUUUGUAUGCAUUUCUAUGUAAAUGUGAUUUAAUAAGUGUUUCGACUUAUAUGAUAGAGCUGCUGUGUAAGCGGGAGUAAAUGUAUUAUUGAAUCUCUUAAGCAUUUCAGAUAUUAAUAUAUGUUUUACAUUAUUUGGCUAUAAAUAAAGUUCCACCAACUAAA